UGCUGUAAGGGAGAGUGUGGGCUUUUGGUGCAGCUUAGAUUGAAGUCGGUUCCGUCUGCCUCCGCCUUUCUAGAAGACUUGAACUUUGCACCCAGGUUUCUGUUCCAGUAAGCUCCUAGCCAUCUGGCCCUGGGCGGUUCUGCCUCAUGUGCAUUUUCUUCCCUUCUCACUGACAGCAGGAAGCAGUCAAGAGAAGGACCCUGUGAUGGAAGUUGCAAGCCCCGUUCAGCUCUGCUCACACCUCCCCCGUCUUUUCAGCGUUAGGGCUCUGUGGAGAACCGUGUAUGAGGACCCCCAUGGACCCCGAAUGUAUCAGUCCUCCUGUACUCUGACUAUGGUCUUCCUCUAGGUUUCUGCAGGAGUCCCUAAGAGGCUUUACUCUGUGGACCUUUGUGACAAUCAUAGCAUCGUUUUCUGAAAGUCAGAGGCUGUCCAGAUUAUCCACAACUGUCAAGGAUGUGGUAGUAAAGCCAGGUAUCUUGGAGCAGAAAUGUAUUUAGUGGAGAGAAGAGGGCCUGGUCUUAUGUGAUCUCUGGAGAAGCAGGAAUUACAGUGAACAGCAGUGGAAGCAGUGCCGAGGAGCUCGGAGCUGAAUCCCUGGGUGAACGCGAUCUGUGCCGAGGCUCUCUUUCCCCUUUGAUGUGGAUGCAACCUCAGCAGGUGCCUUUCCCUGCGUAUGUGACAUGGCCAAACUGGGGUGUUGUACAGACCACAGAGCACUGAUAGAAGCCCCUUGCUGCAUUUCUAGAUUUUCCCCUGUCCCACCGACCCACGGACGCUUCUUGGAUCUUCAGGAAAGUCAGCUUUUGUCAUUCAGCCUUGCAUAUCGUGGUGAUUCCUCUUCUAGUACUAAUAGGCAGACUUGCUGGUGAGACCAAAGCAUCGUAGCUCCCUGUUCCAAACAAAAGAAUGAAGGCCUCAUUGCAGCCACCCUGGUGUGGAUGGGAGAAUUUGGUGCCGUUUUGGGGGGAUUGUUUUAGCACAGGUGGACAGGGAACUUUAUCUUCUAAAUUUAAGCACGUGGGUCCCUAAAUAAUCCUGCCUUAAAUUUGGCGUGGACCACUUGGCUAAUCCUGAAUGUGGCAUCUUUCCUUCUCCAAAAGUUUCACAUCCUUUCUCUUCGGAGAUUGCAGCCUAAUUUUAUCCCUGACUCAGAGCUGAGCUGGCUGACCAGGACAGUAGACACUUGGCACACUCAUUAAGAUCCAGUAGAGGGGCAGGAAUCCAGAUCAGCUCGGUACAUCAGUAACUUGGCUUUCUAAUCAAAUUGGAAGAUUUUGUAGAGCCUCAUUUUCUCCUAACAAGCGGGCUCUCCACCGGUGGAUUGAAAGUGUCUGUGAGUCUGGUGAGGCUGCGGCCGCAGACUCGGACAUGGCAGCAUGACAGCCGCGGACCGCGCCGCCCGACGCCGGGACGAGGGAGCCCCCGAGCAGCGGCCGCCGCCUGCCCAGGCCGCCUGAGCCGCCUUCCCGCGCGCGCCCUCCCCACCGCCCGCCCGGCGAAUUUCUGCUGUUAACCCCGCGGACUCCCGACUUCUUCCUUCCUGAACAUCAAUAUGUGUCAUGUCAUUGUCACCUGUCGCUCGAUGCUCUGGACCCUCCUGAGUAUUGUGGUGGCUUUCGCCGAGCUCAUUGCCUUCAUGAGCGCAGACUGGCUGAUUGGAAAAGCCAAGACCCGCGGCAGCUCCGAGCAAGGUGAGCAGGGCGGAGGCUACCCGGAGCCCUACCACCCCACGCUGGGCAUCUAUGCCCGCUGCAUCCGGAACCCCGGGGUGCAGCACUUCCAGCGGGAGACGCUGUGCGGGCCCUACGCUGAGAACUUCGGCGAGAUUGCCAGCGGCUUCUGGCAGGCCACUGCUAUCUUCUUAGCCCUGGGCAUCUUCAUUCUCUGCACGGUGGCCCUGGUGUCCGUCUUCACAAUGUGUGUGCAGAGCAUCAUGAAGAAGAGUAUUUUCAACGUCUGCGGGCUGUUACAAGGAAUUGCAGGCCUGUUCCUCAUCCUCGGUUUGAUACUCUACCCUGCUGGCUGGGGCUGCCAGAAGGCCAUAGGCUACUGUGGACACUAUGCAUCAGCCUACAAACCCGGAGACUGCUCCCUGGGCUGGGCCUUCUACACCGCCAUCGGGGGCACGGUCCUCACCUUCAUCUGUGCCGUCUUCUCCGCACAGGCAGAAAUCGCAACCUCCAGCGACAAAGUACAGGAGGAAAUAGAAGAGGGGAAAAACCUUAUCUGCCUCCUUUAGUUUGGAAGAGACAUUAAUGCCAUUUUCUUGCUCGUGUAACCUUGUGAAACAGUUCACUUCUGGUUUCAUCAUUUGAGUCAAAUGAAGAACUAGCCUUUACCUACCAGAGCCACACUCCACAGCCCAGAGCCUUGACAGGACCAGGGACAGGCAACAUCAGCCAAGCAGUGACUGCACAUGAAGGCCACAGUGCCAGCUGUGAGAGAUGGAACAUGACAGUAAUACAGAAGCCCUAACCUGCAGUUAAGUUCUGUCAGACUCCAUCUCCCCCGAGGCUCUAUGAAGGAUGAUGAGCUAAACCGUCAAAGCAGCAGUUUCUCUGGUAACAAGAGACUGUUAGCCAGAUUAGCAGGCUGUUUAGAGAUGUGUUUCUGCCACUAGGUUUCAUGCCUGUGAGCACCUCUGCCUCAGAGUGAGGCCUGGGAAUGGUGUUUUUAUUUCCUCCUAGUUCUUUCAAACUGUCUCACUCAGAGACUACAACAAAGACUGCACACUUACUGGGGAGAGGAUGUGUGCUCAGAGGCAUAGCAAGACACUGUCUCUUGCUUAGCUGACCCAAGGGGUCAGCAGGGACAGUGUGGAAUCCUGUUGUGGAACUGAUUCUAGGCUAAAUUCCAGAGUAAGUGGAUCAACUGAACUGUCACUCCAAGAUUUUAGAUGUUUUAAGUAAAGAAAGAAGAAGGACCUGUCCAAUCAUGAGAAUGAAAGUACAAAAUCCUGCUAAUGAAGGCAAAUUCAUUCCAUUUCCCAGCAGCCAGGCUAGCACCAGUACUGGCCCAGUCUUCUCCAGAGAGCACGUUUCAUUCUCUUCUAGGGUCAGGACUGCGCUUUGACUGCCGAAGGGAACCUCACUUAGUUUCCUCAUUCCAAGGAUGAGGUCUCCAAGCCGGCUGUGGCUCAUUCAGAUGUUGACCGGGAGAGUUUGCAAGACUCUCAGCACUUGUGGGAAACCUCUUCCCACUGUGCGGUAACCACGCUGUGGUCAGCUGUGUCCCCACCGCCAGCAGCAUGGCAUUCUGUGCUGAAAAAAGGAGCUAGUCAUGGGAGUUCAAUGUUUCUAGUUAAUGGUAUUGAUCCUGAAAGCAGACUGAAAUAACAUUAAAUUGCUCUUACUGGUGAGUUACAUCAAAGGCUUCAUUCCCAGGAAAGCACAAAGUAGAAAAUUAAUGUAAAAAUGAGAGCUAGACCAAGCUCAUAGCACCUGCAUACACCUGUUUACAAAAAGAAUAGAACACCACUAUUAAAAAGGAUUCAGGGGCUCUUAAUCUAGUUUCUGUAAAUUACCAACAUAAUUGAUUCAGGAAAAUGGUAUUAGCCAUCACUUCACAUUUACUUUGGAAUGAUCAAAGUGACCAGAAAGAACUUAGUCUGGUAUUACCCUGAGCUUCAGAACUGCAGAAUGACAUAAAGACAUUUCUUUGCAAUUUAAGCAAGUGGAGUGGACCUGCCAGAUUUCUGGAAGGAUUACAAGUAUACGUCUCUUUGGGCUUAUGAAUCUGGUUACUCGAGGGCUUGCUUUGUUUUGAAAAUUUAAUGAAUAAUGACACACCUUGUUUGGGCAAGGUAUUGUGUGCUAAAUGCCACCUGAUUCAGAUUUUACAGCCCUGCCUUGGAUGAAUCACCUUAAAGCUGUGUGAGUCUAAACCAUGCCUUGCUACGGAACAACUAAUUGCUUUAUAUAUAGAUGGAAUGGAACAACUAAGUUUUAUUCCAUUCCAGCCUUUGGCCUAUAGCAGAAACCAUUAAGAGCUAACAGGUAGGAGGGGUGGGGCUGUGGAACCAGAUCUAAUGAGCUCACCCUUCUUAGACCAAAGUUCAGAAUAAGCAAAGUGUAAAUCUGUGACUUUUUUUUUUUUUUUUUUUUUUGAAAAGAGGAGUAAAUACGUACCCUCAUAGCAGCCUGCGGUAAGGGCUCAGGAAACAACCACCCUGUCUCUGACACCACACAGAAACUUGUUACGGCAGCCGCUGGACAGGACUCCUGGCCUUGACUGUGUGUCUGUAUGCUCUAACCAAGGCCUGAUACCACCACUGUAACUACUUCUUAACCCUUGGCAAUAAUUUUCAUUAAAAAAAAAAAAAAAGCAGUUCCCUUGAUCCGGCAAAUAAUCUUGAUUAAAAACUCACUAUUUUUCUUAAAUUUAUCAUCAGAAGAUUCACUCUUUUUCUUCUUUGACGAUAGAGAACCCAUUUUCUAACACUAAUUUUACAAUCUCACACUCCUCACAGACAAGUCAUAAGCCCAGGGGAUCCUCUUAAGCAUGUCCAUCAUCUUUACUGCCUGCUGUUUUUGCAUUUUAGCUAAGGGGUUGGUGUAUCCCUAGAUCACACUGAUAACAAAAGUCGUAAGUGAAAAUGUGACCUCUUGGCCAGAAGAAAGUCACUUAACGGUGUUUAUUUAAUUAGUCUAAUGCUAUAGAAGAAGAAAAAAAGUACAUGCACACAUAUAAAAUCCCAAACCACAAAAAAAACUACUUAAACACUGAUUGAUUAGGCAGAGCAGAGAUGGAAUUUCUCUAGCAGAGAGAGUGAAAGGUAAUGUUGGGCCUUUUAAACCUGCAGUCCAUUUAGCAAGGCUUCAGUUGGGAUAAAUGGAAUAUGCAAAAUCAUGCUAGUCUAGACGAAAACUGCACGGCUGUCUAAAAACCACUAAAUAUGAGGAAUGUGUUAGAAAGAAAUAGAUUAAAAACAGACUGGUGACCCAUACCUAUUAUUCUAAUAAAUUUCUAUCAGUCAUGUAAUUGCCUCAGUCUAAAAAUCUAAUAUACCUGGACCAUUACUACUACCAGAAAAGUCUUAUUUAUUUUUGCCUGCAUUUGUGCUUAAAAGUUUUGCAGUGGGGCUGGGCUUCUCAAUGAACUCCAAGAAAGUGUUUGCCUUGGAUUCUGUGGAUUCUUUAAACCUGUGUGCUAAUUCAACAAUGUUACAUUAAUUGCUUAAGGGUUUCUGUAUAGUUAUCAAACAUCUGUGGGGUAAUGAUCUUUGUUAAACAUGUAUUCUGUAAAGUGCCAUAGUCCUUUUUUAAUGUGUAGCAUAUUUAAAAAUAUAUAUGUAUAUUAUACAUACACACGUCUGUGUGAAAGAUGUGCAAUAACAAAGGUGUAUGUAUGUUUUGUUUUUUUGGAAACUGGACAGGAGUCAGAACAGAGGCUGUUUUCUGUUUUGGCAAAGGAGAGUUAAACAUUUUGCCUUCAUGGCCUAGUCAUUAACCCAUAACAGUUUUAAUGCUACACAAAUCUAUGUGAAGAAAAGACUGGUAUGAAAUCAUUUUUUCCUGGGUCUAAAUUAAAAUAAUCACUAGACUGAUGUGAAGGUUAAGCCAGCAAGGCAGGCCCAGUUAAUGCUAGUCUUUCAUGUGAAAUGUGAAGCUGCCACGCUGCCUUUUCUGUUAGUGUGAUAACUAGUAGCUGGUACAUAAUCACUAAGGAGCUAUUUCUUAACUUGCUUUGAUAGACCACGUUAAUGCUAGACCACUACUUAAGGGCUAAUCUCACACCUGCUUGGCCGUAAGAGUCUGGCUUAGAACAGACCUCUCUGUGCAAUAACAUGUGGCCACUGGAAAUCCCUGGCCUGCAUUUGUAUUUGGGCAGCAGUGACUCCCAAGGGCCAAAAGAGUUAAAGGCAUGACUGGGAUUUCUUCUGAGACUGUGGUGAAACUCCUCCCAAGGCUGGGGGGUCACAGGUGCUUUGGAGGAACUCAGCACCACUUGAUAUUCAACAGCCACUUGAGCCAAAUAUAGAAUUGUAUUUACCACUGAUGGACUCAAUUUGAGCCUUCGAAUUUGUGGUUAUCCUGUUAUAUUGUAAACUAAUACAUUGUCUGUCUAGCAUUGAUUAGGUUCCCGUGCAUAUGUAUUUUCACAACAUGCUUCCCUCCCCAGAUACGAAUUAAACCAGAUUUUACAAACUCA